UGGGCGGAGGGAAAGCCUAGUAUUUUGUCCGUCCUGAAAUUUGAUUCACAAGUUCAGGAUCCUGGAAGACAAAAAGAAAAGACACAGGGGGAGGGAAGAAAGGUUUCUCCUAACCACCAGAGGCAUAAACUCAACAGCCUGCAACCUACUGGAAAAGUGCUGGGCUGUGUGACUAUGAACACGUCAGGGCUUAAGGCCGGCGACGGGGAGAAUGCUCAGGAGCUCGACAGUAUGAAGGAAUCUAUCAGUGACAUCAUUAAUCAGCUUCAGGACAUCGACCCCGCCAGGCUCUCCUUCUCCCCCUUCCUGGACCUGGACACUCAAAUCUGCAUGGCGCCCGUGUCAGACAGCCCAGAGUCCUCAGUGGAGGAGCUGCGCUCAUCCUCCCACUCGGCCUCCGGCUCCCAGCGAUCCCUGGAGCCUCCACCGUUGGCUGAGGAGCCUAAGAACUUGGCCUCCCGCCACCAGCGUCCUAGCAAUGGCUUCCACGAGGAGAAAAGGAGAGACGGCCACACAGAGGCGGGAGCGCUGGAUCAAACGCUUUCCACUCCGAUCACCACAGAGCGCAAUUUGGCCGGCACCAUGGAAAACUCCAUCAGCGCUCCAGCCCUGAUGUCUCAGGGCGGCAUUCCCAAUGGCACAAACACACCGAAAUGGAGUCCAGAAUCCACUGGUCUGGACUGUACAGCGGAUGAGGUUCGACCACUUAUGGGUCCACCUUCGGACAGCGUGGAGCUGGCAGUCUGGAGCCCUGAGGGUGUGCUGGACACUCAUGAGGAUGCACCCGAGGCACUCAACGGUGGUCGGUGCUGCUGCAAGUGCAAAUGCUGUCGGAGCGGCAGAGUUCCCGCCUUCCUCUCAGUGCUGGCAUCUUUUCUUUGUGCAUCCGCGAUUCUCUACGCGCUCUAUACCUACGUCCACAUUCAGCCCCCCGAUUGCCCCGACGUGGUCUGUCGGGUUGUCUUCACCCUCUGCUGCUGUGCGGUGGCCACGCUCCCCAUUGUACUUGCGAUGCUCUUGGAUGCCGUGUGUCGCUUCUGUAGCGCCUCGAUCAGUUUGCACAAGUCACCUCCCAGAAGACAUGCUAUUCAGCAGCUGUGCGUCACUGCAUCCCUGCAGUUGUUAUUUCUCUACGUCCUCAACCUUAUCGUCAUGGCAGCUUUCGAUCAACAGAAGCUCAAGUUGAUUCCAAUAUUGGUCGCCAUGUUCAUUCUGGGAAGGCUUGUUUACUGGGCCAGCCUGAAUGUGUGCAGCUCCUGGCGAGGCUUCGGCUCCGGCCUGACUGUCUUCCCGCUCAUCGCCCUGGUGGCUCAUAAUUUGUUCCUCUUGUACAACCUGUACCUCAGAGGAUCGCUCCUCCCCUCCCAGGAUGUCCCUCUUUAAUCAGGUCACACGUCACAGAGCCCAAAUGGUCCAUCAGAUGUGCUGGCCACCGACUUCCCAAAUGCUCAGUGAGGACGUGCAUGCUCGUCUUUCAGGAGGAAAGCUCUUCAAAAAUAAAACAUUCCUGUGGUCUGCAGUCCGGGGCAAUGAUGCAGAAGUUGCCACGAUAACCUCCGAGUCCUUGAUGGCUUCGCUUGUGAUUUAACUCCUCCUAGACUGGACUUUUUUGUUGUUGUUGUUUAUUUGGAACAAAAUAGCUCUUUCCCUACUUAGGGUGGUGGGGACGCCUUUGAAUCAUGCUCAAGUCCUUUCAAGCUCUUGCAGUCGCUGCAAUAUAGUUCAUGUCUUUAACUGUCAAGUAGUUUAAAAGCUAAAAAAAAAACUGCAAAAGCUUUUUUAAAGUUCUUGAAUGAAAACAAUUUCUUUAUACGAAGGCAAAACAAAAUCCAGUUGUGAGAAAAAAGGCUGACUGCUUUAGCAUAUAGUCUGGGGAGCUAUUGUCAGAAAAAUAUGCGUGUGUGCAGGAUUGGGACUGACAUUAUGUGUGCUCCAUGUUACCCCUCCAUCUCCCUCCUACUGGCGUUCUUUGCUGCUGAUGUUGCUCUCUGUGUAUGUGGUGCCUGUGAUGAGGCC